AUGGAGCGCUACGAGUUCUACGCGAUGAAAUCCUGGUUCUACGUGCCGGUGAUUCUCAUCGGCCUUCUCGGCAACUUCGCCAGCUUCCUCGUCUAUCGAACGACGCCGAUGCGCAAAUCCACCGUCGGCACACUUCUACUCAUUGUCUCGCUCAUCGAUAUUCUCCUGCUCAUUCUCAUCAUCCCAAUAUUCGUGCUAGUGUUCCUUCCGAUCUGGGACAAUCAAUGGGAGCGCUAUUCGCUUCACAUGAGCUUCUUCGCCUAUUCAACGAGAUAUGUCUACCCGUUGUGCAUGAUGACAAAAUCGUGCUCGUUGUACUUUAUGGUGCUCAUCACGAUUGAGCGCUGGAUCGCUGUGUGCCGCCCAUUACAAGCGAAACUUUUGUGCACAAAUCGGAAUACGAUGAAAGCGGGCAUCUGCAUUGUGAUUUUCUCGAUACUAUUCAAUUUUCCGCGAUUUUUCGAUUAUAAAAUUGGCCCCGGCUACAUAUCCGAAAUGUGGAUGCUUGAUGUGAAAAAUCAUUUUUGGUACUUCAUCGUCUAUUUCGUCAUAUUGUCGGUGAUUUUCGACUAUUUCCUCCCGAUACUGAUAAUGGCAAUCGCCAAUUAUUAUGUGAUCAAAGCUCUUCGAUACAAGGAUGAAUCCAUUGGCAGUAUUGCAGUUCAGAGAAGGAAAGAGCAGAAUACGACAGUGAUGCUUCUCGUCGUCACGAUAUUCUUCGCGUUUUGCCAUUUAUUCUCAAUGUUCCUCAAGUUGGCCGAAUGCAUUGUCGGCGACUUUUUGACGCAAUCUAGUUUCGUGUGGGAGGUGUUCGCCGAAUUCACGACAUUCCUCAUCAUCUUCCAUACCUCGUCGACAUUCUUCAUCUACUACGGCUUCUCGGAGAAGUUUCGCACGACAUUCCACGAAAUCAUCACAUGUCGCGAGAAAUCGGUGGACGACACAAAAUGCUCCGGACACCUUCUGCAGACGUCGAUGGUGUCGGACGCGGCGACGAAACGCAAAUUCCCCGGCCAAUAUAUUUGA